AUCAAUAAAGGCAACAACAAUAACAACAACAAGCUGUAAAAAACAAGAUGAGGAAUCUUUCAGAUAACGCUUCAGAAUUGCUUUAUGUGAGGUUGACUUGCCUUCUGGAAAGAUGUCUUCCUAUGGACAGAUGCUUAGCUCCCGCUGUUCUGGGCCUUGUGAAGUGACAUGCUCGCAACCAUAUGUCGACAGUCGGAAUGAACCAUGUGUCACCUCAUGCGGAGAUUCAAGAGCAAUCGUGUACGCGCCACCCGUUGUCGUGACUUUCCCGGGACCCAUUAUCAGCUCGUGCCCUCAGGAAAGUUUUGUGGGAACUGCCAUGCCUGAAAUUGAGGGUCAGAUGGGCUCCGGAGGUGGAGGAAUGGGCUCCGGAGGCGGAGGAAUGGGCUCUGGCGGUUCUGGUGGUGGAGGCAGCUCCUAUGGGAUGGGCUCCUGCAGUUCAGGCGGUUCUUAUGGUGGCAUGGGAGGGGGCUCAUAUGGUGGGGAGGGCUCGUGUGGUGGUGGAAUCUCCCGUUUGGGAAGCUUUUACCGAAACUCAUUUUUUUCAGGAUUUGGUAGAAAUUAUUUCCCCUGUUAUUCCAGAGGGUAUUAUAGGUAUCGCUAUGGAAACUAUGGGCCAUUUUAAAUCUCUAAGAAAGAGUAAUGACUGAAGGAACAAUAAGAUACAAACUAGUAGUUGACAUAUAGACCUGGAAAUCAGACAUGCCAAGCACCCUCUGCUCCAGCUGAUGUCAGCAGGAGCUGGGGUUGCUUGGGAUCUUGUUGCGCUUUAAGGCUUACGAUCCCAAUGUUGCCUCACUUUUUGUCAUUUAUGUUAUGUUUUGUUCUUUCCAAACCUGAAGAGAGUAAAACAAGUAAUGGGACUUGACUGUGAAAGUGUCCGGCUGAAAGAAGAACGUCUUGUGAGCCCUGUGCUCCUCUGAACGACCGAUUGAUUAUAGUCCUUGUUGAAAUGGAAAUUCGUUCUCUGUCUCUGCAUUGCCUCAUUCUGCAAGAAUGUAUUCCACUUUUUGUUUGUAUUAAAGCUCCGUUGCAUCAUA